UUUCGCGGUAUUCAGAACGUGUUUUGACACUGCUACUGCCGCCUACACUGUAACUGCUAAAAAUUCUUCCUUUUUUUCUCCGUGUAUUCGCCAACUUCAACUCAAAAGACAAAAUGGCCGACUACUCAGCAGGCCUCGAUAGAACAGUCCUGGAUAGCUAUAUGGACUUGCCAUCAGAUGGUAGAGUACAAUGCAUGUAUAUAUGGAUUGAUGGAUCUGGAGAAAACGUCAGGUGUAAGACAAAAACAUGCGCCAAAGUACCAGAAAGACCAGAAGAUUUGCCCAUUUGGAAUUAUGAUGGGUCCAGCACGGCUCAAUCGGAAGGAUCUAACAGCGACAUGUACAUCGUCCCGAGGGCGCUAUUCAAAGAUCCCUUCCGUAGAGGAGACAACAAACUUGUUAUGUGUGAGGUGUUGAAGUACGACAAAAGACCAGCUGAGACCAACUUCAGAUAUUCAUGCAACAAGGUGAUGGAGAAGGCGAAAGCAUCAGUACCAUGGUUCGGCAUUGAGCAAGAAUACACACUUCUAGCUCAAGAUGGUCAUCCAUUCGGCUGGCCCAAGCUGGGAUUCCCUGGACCACAAGGACCUUAUUACUGUGGUGUUGGAGCCAACAAAGUCUUUGGUCGCGCCAUCGUUGAGGCUCACUAUAAAGCUUGUCUCUACGCCGGAGUAGAAAUCGCUGGAACAAACGCUGAAGUGAUGCCCGCCCAGUGGGAGUUCCAAGUUGGGCCCUGUGAAGGAAUCAAAAUGGGAGACCAUUUAUGGAUUGCCCGCUUCAUCCUUCACCGUGUCUGUGAAGACUUUGGCGUAGUAUGCUCCCUAGACCCUAAGCCAAUGGAAGGAGAUUGGAAUGGAGCUGGUGCCCACUGUAACUACAGCACAAAAGAGAUGAGAGAACCAGAAGGCAUUGUCCCAAUCCAGAAAGCCAUCGAGCUUCUCGCCAAGCACCAUGACGAGCACAUUAGAGCGUACGACCCUAAAGAUGGAAGUGACAACGCUCGUCGGUUAACUGGGAGACAUGAAACAUCAAGCAUCCAUGAUUUCUCAUCUGGUGUGGCCAACCGUGGCUGCAGCAUCAGAAUACCCCGCCAGGUUGGUGAAGAACGAAUGGGAUACUUGGAAGAUCGUCGUCCAUCUUCUAACUGUGACCCAUACCGUGUGACUGAAGCAAUCGUGCGAUCGACAGUACUUGACGAUUGGGAAUCCACCUUCUAAAUAUCGUUUGACACUCAAUUAAUUAAUCGCAAUCUCCCCCUGGUACAUGUACAUUUACAAAUUGUCCUGUUUCUGAUAACAGAUACUCGCUCAUAAUGAGUGGAAAAAACAUGGCUAGCUAUGAAAGAAUUGAAGACUUUAAUCAGAGUUCCGACUUUUGUUAGUGUCCAAGUCUGCCUGGUUAAAAUAUAGCUAUUGCUUUCUACUGGAGCGUUUUUAAAAAUGAUGCAAUUUCAUCAUUUCAACAUACCUCAUUAAAGUGUUACCUUUGUUUAUUUCUGGUUCAUUUAUCAUUUUACAUUACAAAUUCAAACAGGUGGACAAAAGGCCCUUGUUGCUUCCAUGUACAAAGUUAAAAGAUAAAAAAAAUCAGUCUCUUAUCUUUUGUUUUAACACUUUUUAGUAAGUUUAACAUGAACUCAACAGUUUAAAAGAGAUGUAGGUCACGUUUAAAACCCAACUCCAUAGUAUUAUUUUGGAAACUCUUAUUGGAAUGAAAUAGUAUAAGAGUUUUCUGACUGGGCGACAAUCAAAAUUGAUUGAAAUAAACAUUUCCACUGAUUUUUUUUUCUGAGUUCGAGAUUAUUCCAUCAUUAAAAAGUCGCAACUAAAUUGUAUUUGUUUAAUCACCGUAUUUUGUUUCUAUUUGAAUGUGGUGAGGUCGGGCGAAACAUAUUUAUUUUUAAAAUGGGACCGCAUCAUUUAUUUGUCUUUUUAGAUCCAAGGCCACGUCGUUUUUACGAUCAGAAUGUUAGGAAUUAUUUAACAGAAAAUUUGCAGAAAUGUUUGGUCUCUAGUUGCCUGAUCGUUAGCAAAGUUUUUAAAUGUGGGAGUGUGUAAAAAUGUCUAACACUUUUGCAGGGUAUUGUUUAAAAAUUAAUAAUUUAAGUGGCCAGUUACGAUUUUGGGCUUGUCGUCAAUGUAUUUUUAACAAUGACAUUAAUUUGUAUAUUAAAUGUAUUUUUUCAUUUAUGGUCACAGCUUCUUAAUUCAAGACAACGAGUGUGUGGGCUCCUUGUCUUGAAUUGACUAAAAUUCUCAAGUAAAGUUUUAAUGUGUUUUAAAAUAAAUAAGUUAACUAAUACAGUACAUAUAAAUGA